AUGGCGCCUACCCUGUACUUCGCCUAUGGCAGCAACCUCUGGCUAGAACAAAUGGCCCGCCGCUGCCCCAGCAGCUACUUCGUCGGCCGCGCCAUCCUCCCCGACUACCGGUGGCAGAUCAACGAGCGCGGCUUCGCCAACGUGGUGCCCUCCCCGGGCCACAACGUCCACGGCCUCGUCUACGAACUCGGCAGCACCUCCUCCGUCUCCCCCGGCGCCAUCGGCACCGACGAGCGCCGCCUCGACCGCAACGAGGGAGUCCACACCGGCGCCUACGCCAAAGCCUACCUCCCCGUCAUGCUCUACGAGGCCUGGCAGGACCUGCAAACACGCACCACCGCCCUCGCCGACAGCAGCACGCUCUCCGCUCUCCGCCGCGGCCGCCACACCCUGGGCGAUUCCCCGCUUUUGAACGAGCGCGCCCCGUACAUCAAGAGCGUCCUAGUCUACCUCAGCGAGACUUACACGCGCGAGGGCGACCCCCGCGAGGAAUACAUCGACCGCAUCAACAGCGGCGUAGUCGACGCCAUCGCCUUCGGGGUACCCACAGGGUUCGUCCGCACCGCCAUCCGCCCUUACAUCCCCCCCGACCGGUCAGCCUCGCCGGGUGCCCCCUCUGCGCUCUCCUCCCGCGGGCGAACCUCAACUGCGCGGGGGACGACGGCUCCUGCGGGGGUCGGGGGGGUGCUGUCGCGUGGACGUGCGAGGUCGGUGUCGGGUGAUGCGGGGCCGACGCCGUGGGAUGGGUGGGGGGCAAGGCCGGAGAGCUGGACGCCGGAGGAUGAGGCGCUUCGGCAGUCGGGACGGAGGAGGAGGAUGAGUAGUAGUGGUGGUGGGGGUGGGGGGUUGGUUACGGAGUAUUGGACGCCGGUGAGCGGGUUUUUGUUGGGGCGGUCGAGGAGUACAAGGAGGGGGUGA